CAUUUUCGAUUCGUUUGCUUGACGUUAAUGGACGUGUUUCCGCACCACAGCAUUUGAAUUGGUUUCGCAAUAGAAAAAUUUUCGUGUUUUCUAUCUGGAUGCAAACAUAAAUUGUCAGUGUUUUUUUUGCCCCUUUAAUACGUUUGCAAAUACAAAAUUCUCAGUGGAAUAUAAGCAAUCCAGAACAAUAGACUUCAAUUUUUGCAGCGCAUCAAGCUAAUUUUCAAACACUAUCAUGUUAUUAAAAGUGCCAUCUGUUGACUGGACGGAUCAAAUAGUUUAUGUGGUGGACGACGACGAAUCGCUUUCUGACUUCGAUGAUGAACCCGAUUUUUCAGAAUAUAUGUGGAUGGAGAAUGAGGAAGAGUUCGAUAAGAACGAACUGCAACGAUUAGAAGAGGAAGAAAUAAUGCAAGAGUGCUUUGAAGCAAUGAUCGAGGAUGAGUUGGAAGAGCAAAUAAAUGAGUGGGAAAAAGCCAAAACGGAAGAACAGAACACGGCACUAUCUGCACUGCCUAAAACCCAAUGUAAUGUUGAGAAAUCUGUUCUUAAUCCCAUGGCCGAUGAAUUUGUACCACUUUGCCAUCAAAUAGAGUUUAUAGCCUCGUAAGCCCGGCCACAAAACAGUCUGAACAAAUCGAACCUCACACAACAGUGUUUCAGUUAGGAUGUCUGAAGCGCUACGGCAAUUCAAAUUCACAUAGCAAUAACUCGAUAAACGUUUCUAUACAUCAUAUAUUCCUCACUCUCGCCCAUGUCUCGCAAAAUAGUCCACAUUCAACCAGGCAACAGUGUAAAAAAAAAAACAUAAAAAAAAAUACUAUAAAACAAAAUUUCAAAAACGCGCACAGACACAACACACGUUAAGAUUACAUUAACCAACUCAACCGAAAUGCAAACGAAUACCAUAAACAAAAAAAAAAUUAUAAAAAAAAUUUAAAUCAAUACAAAAAAAGAAAAGAAAUGAAACGAAGAAAAUACCUUAACUUAAAUUACGCGUAUCAAAUAUCUCGUUUAACAAGACAAAUUUUUUGCUAUCUGGAUACAGACGUGCCGUGCUAAAGCUAGUGAAAACUUUCGUAUUAACGUACAAAAAACAAAAACUGAUGACUUUACACACGAUUACGAUUAAUUGUGCAUUGAAAAUUCUAUUUAGCGCUCCUAUUAAUCAUAAA